AUUAGUUGUGUAUUGUGAGUCACAUGUAAGUCUAUUGUUCUUAUACAGAAAUGUGACAGUUUUUGCUGAGGAAAAUUGGCUUCCUGAAGCGUAGUCUGAGAAAAGCAUUUUCUACAGUUUAUUUUGAAUACUUCUAAAAAGAGUAUUGGGGAAAACUUCUCUUAUUCCAGCUUCCUUUUUGAAGGGUUGCUUUUCAGCUCACAGGUGUCCAAGAUUUAUUGAUUUACAGACGUACCUGAUUCAGGAUGUACCUGAAGCUGACUGUAAUCCUUGGUUCUGUGAUAAUGCUGCUUCAUAUCAUUGACAUAACAGUGGGGCAAGCCAUUGGGGAUGACGUUGUCACACAGUAUGGUCAGAUUGGAGCAAGUGUCACACUCACCUGUGGCAACAUAGAUAAUGGAGCUGUUGAAUGGCAGCUGAAUGACUCAAAAAUCAUUCAGACCAGAAAUGUGGAACUAACAAGAACAAAACUCACUCUUUUCAACAUCGAUGUGUCCCAAGAAGGUCAAUACAGAUGUCGCAAUCCAGAGUCAGGCAGAACUUACAGAACAAUCUCAUUGAUGUUAGGCUAUCCACCAGGAAAGCCUCAGGUCACCUGUCGAUCAGUGAGAUAUCCUCUGAAUGUGGUCUGCUUGUGGAAGCUGGAAAAUCAAACCUACCUUCCCACAUGGAUCAAUGUCUCCUACAGAUAUGGAACUGAAGAUGUCAAGCAAUGCUCAGCUGAAGAGGCAUUGCAGGGCAAAUACACAAUCGAGAGAAUCCAACUCUUUUCAAAGAUUUCCUACACAGUGAAGGUGACAGCAACAAACCCUCUAGGAUCCAGAUCGACUAUUACACAAUUUAUUGUGGAGAAGAUAAUCAAGCCAGAUCCACCAACAGAAGUCAGUGUUUCUCCGAUACCCAACCAACCAAAGAAAUUAUUGUUGCAAUGGAAGCCGCCAGCCACGUGGCCCGAUCCAAGUCUGUUUCUGUUGAAGUACAGGAUAAUGUACUGGCCUGAGGGAUCAACCAGAUAUCAGAUGAUUGAGAUCAACGAUCAAGCUAGUUAUAUCCUGAAUGGCCUGCGAUCCAAAGCUUUAUACUUUGUAAAAAUCGCAGCAAAGGAUUUUGUUGACAAUGGCAUGUACAGCGAUUGGAGUCCGACUGUUUCUGCACGCCUAUGGUCAAACUGAGAGAUGAAACUGUCUGUGCACUGAUGCCUCUGAAGUUAAAACCGGUAAUAGUGUGCAGACUUAAACGCAAUAAUUCUCAUGAACUUCCAUCAAAAGAGCAGGAACAAGAGAUAGAACACCUCACUGAAAUAGAAUUAAACACUGCACAUAUCCCUUAUGCUUUUAAUGUGUCUUUUCACUGCAAUUUUUUUCCUAAACUGUGUAAAAUGUAUUAAUAUGUUAUUUUCGAUACACUAGUGCAGUAGUUAUGUUAUUGGAUCAGUAACCAGAGGUUUAGAGUAAUAGUUGGAAACAUAUAUUUGAAGCACAGCAGCUGGGAAAUUUAAGUUUAGUAAAUGAGUAAAUCUGGAAUAAAAAGCUUGUAUCAAUAAUGACAGCAUUACCAGAUUGUUACAAAAAUUUGUCUGAUUCACUACUAACCUCUAGGGAAAGAAAUCCCCAGUCUGACUUAUAUGUGACUCCAUAUCUACAGCAAUGUGGUUUCCUCUUAGCUACUCUCUGAAAUAUUCCAGCAAGCUAUUUAACUGUAUCAAACCUCUACAUCAACAUUGAAUAAAUUUGAACCAAGUAGACUACCAGACAUUGAUCUAUGCACCAAAAGGGUACAAAGACCAGUUGACUUUGUAAUGUCCUCCUCACUAAAAUGCGGGAAUUUGUGCCAAAACUGGAGGAGCUGUCCCCCAGACAAGUGAAGUGACACUCUGACAAAGUCGUGCUGAUCAAAACAUAUCUUUCAGCCAAUUUCCCAUCACCUCAAUCAGCAUGCCUUGAAAUGUCUCAUUUCACCUACAGGAAAAAACCUCCAGAUGUGACCAGAAGAAAUGUGAACAGGAGUAUGCCAUAUGCCCCUUUGAGCCUGUUUAACUAUUCAAUAAGAUCAUUGAUGAUCUGACAUUCCUUGUGUCCACUUUCCUGCCUUUUCCCCAUAACCCUUGA